UGUUUGUAUAACAGCUUAUUGCUGAGACCUGUGCUCUUCAAUCAAUAUCUAAGAAGUACUGGUCAUUUUAUACAGACAUUUCCGCUCGCAGUCCUAACAAAAAUGAUCACGACUUACACAAAAUCAGUAUGUGGGGGUCGAUACUUCCCCUUCUGUCCUAGCUCGCCAUUCCAGGAACUAGCCGGGAUGCUCCCGUCCUGUCUUCGUUCCAGAUCUUGGCUUUUCAAUGGUGUUAUCUCUCCCUCUUUCCAAAGGUGAUAAUCCGUAUCAUUUCUAUCCGCCAGUUGGUACAACCAAGGUGCCAGUAACCAGCCAUCUUAUGAUAUGAUUUUUCCGCUGCCUUUUUCCAAAUCUGCCCAAUCCUGAUCGAGUUCGAGUGUCCUGCAGCGCCUGUGCUCGGCGUCCCUUAUUGCGUUAGGUCUCCCUACCCGCCUACUUACCUUACCUUGGUGUUUGCCUCGAGACGAAAGCAACCUGAGUGGUGUGUGUGUGCGUGUGCAGCUGGGGUGCAUUAUAAGGCGCAUAUCCCAUCUCCUCGCCCUUGCGACCCUCCCUUUCUCCCUUUUUUUCCAGCUUUUGUUGCUGUCACCAAAAACACAUCAGCUCACCACCUGGUUACCGGACAUAUUCGUUGUUCCACAUACCGCGAGUCAACGAUUACACCUACCAAAAAAUGGCCGCUCCUCCUGAAGUUUCCCACGGCCGCGGUGGCGCCGGCAACAUCAACCCCGAUGACACCAAGUACGUCGACGGAGAGGUCGUCCGUGUUGGCGCCGAGGGCAGCCAUGGCGAUGGAGCUUUCAGCACUGGUCGUGGAGGCGCCGCCAACAUCGCCGACACUGGCAAGAAGCAGACCGUCCGUGCCGACAAGGACUUGGUUCCCGAGGCUGCCAUUCGUCCAUCCCAGGACACGGACUACCACACUGGCCGCGGCGGUGCUGGUAACGAGUACAAAGAUGCCUCCAAGGAGCACGCCAAGAAGGUGGUGGAUGGGGAGACGAAUCCUGUCGGUUUGGCGGACAGACUGAAGAGGAAGAUUUUGGGAGUGUUCAAGAAAUAGACAGAGGGUGUGGGAGUGUUUGUCUGGAAUUUUUCUUUCUCUUUCUACUGUCAAUCUGCACUGAUACCACAUUUUGUUCACGACUUGUUGAACGUUUUGCAAUUUCGGCUUUAUUUGAAGGAGGUGGGGAUGGGGG